UUUCCUCCUAUUUUCCAAUUUCCGGUCGGCCUUUUUCCCUCGACGCCACCAAUCAUAAUUCUUCAAAACUAAAAUUUUCCCUUCUUCAUCAUUUCUCUGUCAAUUCAAAAUCCCUCAAAAUUCUUCCCAAUUCCCUGCUUUUUCAUCCAUGGCUUCUCGCAGGCGCAUACUUUUGAAAGUCAUUAUCCUUGGCGACAGUGGCGUGGGGAAGACAUCGUUAAUGAAUCAGUAUGUGAAUCGUAAGUUUAGCAAUCAGUACAAGGCAACUAUUGGAGCAGAUUUUCUCACAAAGGAAGUUCAGCUCGAUGACAGGUUAUUUACGUUACAAAUUUGGGACACAGCUGGGCAAGAACGGUUCCAAAGUCUUGGAGUGGCAUUUUACCGUGGUGCUGAUUGCUGUGUUCUUGUUUAUGAUGUGAAUGUUAUGAAAUCAUUUGAUAAUCUUAACAACUGGCGAGAAGAGUUUUUAAUUCAGGCUAGUCCAUCUGAUCCUGAAAACUUUCCUUUUGUCGUAUUGGGGAACAAGGUCGACGUUGAUGGUGGGAACAGUAGAGUGGUUUCUGAGAAGAAAGCAAAGGCGUGGUGUGCUUCAAAAGGAAACAUACCAUACUUUGAGACGUCUGCGAAAGAAGGAUUCAAUGUGGAUGCUGCAUUUCAGUGUAUAGCAAAAAAUGCCCUCAAGAAUGAACCAGAAGAAGAAAUAUACCUUCCCGACACCAUUGAUGUUGCAGGUGGACGGCAGCAAAGAUCAACAGGGUGUGAAUGCUAAAAGUAACAACUAACUAAUGGGUUCUGUCUACUUCCUUCACUGUAUUUCCUCUGUUUCAUGUUUCCUCAAACCAUAUGGUCCAAUUAUAUUAACAUGUAGUGGUCUAGAGAUUGCUGGUAAAGUUCUACUUCUGUUCUAUGUUGUAAUAACAUUCUUUGAUGUUUAUAUAUUUUGCUUUAAUCAUUUGGGUGUCAAAUAAAAUUGAAUACUUGAACCAA